GAGAUAGAAAUUAACAAUACCAAGAGUGUAAUAGAGUUACAGAAGGCUGCAGUCAGGGAAAGGCAUGGAGGCGGGAGUUUUGAGCCCUUCGCUUCAGGCUUCAGCGUUAUGCGCACUUGCUUGGAAUCCCACUGACUGAACUCGGGGCUUAUGUCUGAGGGGAGAUGUUAAGGACUGCGCUGUUGACCAGCAGACCAGAGCAAUCCUGGGGAUGCCUCCUGAGAAGUAAAGCCCACUGAGUUCAAUCGGAGGACUAUCUCCUAACUCAGUGUGCAUAGGACUGCAGCCUAAAUCUCCCCUGAUGAGAAAUAGAAGUUGAUUUUGCGUGGCACCUUUCUCUAGUUUUCUGGCCUCCCUCUGAUUAAAAACCACUGUAUUGGAAGAACUCUUGAGAUGGGUUCACCUGCAAAGGUGGCAAACAGGUACCAAUCUUCAGAGCCUGUCUUUGGAGCAGUGGCUGCUGAAGCUAUCCAAGAUGCUUUGCUUCAUAUGGCCAAGGAGAAUGAGCACUAUUUGAGCAAGAUAUCUGCAGAGGCAGGCUGUUUCAAGGAGACACAGAUUGUGGAAUUUGUGUUUCUUGUGUCUGAAAAAUGGAAUCUGACUGAAUCUGCCAGAUACCAAGCAAUAGAAAUAUUCGAAAGGUUCAUGCUCACACUUGCUGAAGAGUUAUCUGAUUCCACUGGAGGAAAGGAUGAAGACAUCAAUUGGGUCUCAGUAAAACAGCAAAUUGAAGGCACAUAUGUGCUGCGACUGGUCUCUUGCAUCCAGCUUGCCAGCAAGCUCUCCUUCCACUACAGUAUAGUUAAUAACAACAUGGUUCUGAAGUUUCUGCAGUCUUUGGGUUUCUCUUAUACCACAGAGGAACUUCUGGAAUCAGAAUUGGUUAUUUUGAAGGCUCUGCAUUUCCAGAUAAAUGUUCCAGCCCCUUUUGCUUAUGUUGAGAUGAUCCUGGAGGUUUUAGGAUACAAUGGCUACUUGCUUCCCACAAAACAACUGCACAAAAUGUGCAGACAUCUGCUGAGUUUAACUUAUCUGUUGAGGAGCAGCAUCUACGACACCUUGCUGAAGGCCUCAAUUGAAAAUCCAUCUCCAAGUGAGCUGCAGCUAGCCAAGUUUGUGUCAGUGAAGGAAGAUCUCAUGCUACUGGCUGUGGGAGUCAUUGGUGCAAGCUCUUUCCUGCUCAACCCUGAGGGCUGGAAUCAGGUUAUGGAAAACCUUGGUGACACCACAGGCAUCAGUCUGCGGAGCAUUGUUGAGGCAGUCCACGCAAUCCUGAAGCACAGCAUUGGUACUGCUGUAGAUUACUGAUAGACAUCGCCACCUCCCAAACAGCUGGGGGGCUGUACCAAGUGUACUACCAUCUUUCACAUGCAUAUGGACUCUCAAAGAGAUGGUUAGUUAUCUUCAAAAAGAAAGAAGAGUCUCUAUUAUAGCUGAAAUGUUCAUGGGUAUAUCAUAGGCUUUAGUUUUGUUUUAACCCUUAGAGAGGGGAUAGGACAGAAAUCUUAAGGAAAGGCACCUCUGGCCUUGCCUCAGCAGUAAUAGCCUUUAGGCCACAGCUAUGAACUCCAAGCCAUUUACAGUGGUGCCACACAUGGUCACAACAGUGGUGAACUUUGGCUGCUUGGGACAAAUGCUGGAGGUAGUGUGUGCUGGCAAGCUGGGGGAUGAGUGUUUCUUCUAAAGGCUGAAGUCUUGAACAUGGAGAGGAAAUAUUUAAUGGUCCAGUGCCUGUCUAUGAUAAAUAAAGAUGCUUCCAGAAUACAAA